AUGAAUCAACACACAAAAAAUGAUACAUACCAAAGUAUACAUAAAUGGAUAAGCUUAAUUGAAGACUCUUAUAUGAAUUUCAACGCAAAUGUACACACAAAUUUAGUUUUAAAUGAAAGAAAUGGAUUUAGUGAUUUUCUAGAGGAACCAACUCAUAUUGGUAAUUCUUCUAGUGACUUAAAUUUUUCAUCGGAUAGUAAUGAUAAUAAUAUAAAAAAGAGCGAUGAAAAUAAUAAUGGCGUUGAAAAUAAUAAUGGCGUUGAAAAUAAGAGUGGUGUCGAACAUAAGAGUGGCAUUGAAAAUAAAAGUGGUGUUGAAAAUAAUGAAAUUAACAAAAUUAAGAAAAAAACGAAAAAUUUAGAAAAAUAUAAAAUUUUAAAACAAGACACUGAUAUAAAAUUAGCAGUAAAAAUUUCUAUUCAAUGUUUACUAAAAAAUCAACCUUUUCCUGUUAAAAGGGAGGAUUUAUUUUCAGUUAUAAAUAACUAUGUACCAAAUUGUAAUACUAAUUUAAAAAAAAAAGUUGUUUUAAAAUUAUUAAAAAAAUAUGUAAGUGGCAUUCUUUCAUUAAAAUUAUUAACCUUAUCUAGUCAGACAAAAACAGAAUAUGUAUUAUCGCAAAAUAUUUAUUAUAAGCAUCACAAUAAUUUUUUAUAUUCGGAACUUGAUCAUAAUAUUAGAGGUUUUUUAAUAUUCUUAAUUCCUUUCUUUAAAGUAUAUCAUAAUAAACUACCUUUAAGUUUUUUAUUAGCAGAAUUAGAAACUACUGGGCAUACAACUUCGAAACCACCAGAAGAAAUAUUAAAAUUACUUAAUGGACAACAUCUUUUUGCAAAUAUAGUAACUAAUAUUAAUUUAUAUAAAGAACUAGUUGAUCCAAUAGACUAUAUUAUUUAUUCUAAAAAAUUAUCAUACAUUGAUUUUAUUAUUGAUCAAUAUGAUAACAAGUCUCUUGAUGGGCUUUAUUGUGUACCUACAUUAAGGUUUGAAUAUGAAGUUAAUAAUGUCCAUUAUAUAGAAGAAUUAUUAAAUAUUUCUGAUCGCCAAUAUCAAUUAAAAGAUCUAUAUGCAAUGUUUGAAGAUAAAUAUUUUCUGAAUUUAAAUUAUAAUAGUUUAUAA